CCCCACCUCUCACACUCACCUCUCAUUUGCCAGAGCCAGGACUCUGGCAACCAACUAAAGCAUUGUGUCUUCCUGGCAAAGAGGAGGGAUAGGAAUAGACAAGACAGUGAAAGACAGAGAGGUGAGGAUGACAAAUGGGAGGCGGAUGGUGGAGACCAUCUAUAGAAACCCACUUUGUCUUUGUUUAAAGGAGCAAGUGCUCAACAGAUAGCAGAAGAAAUUAGUUGGUUGGGACAAUCCUGGUCUCAACUCUCUUCUUUUUUUUUUUUUUUAAAUAAUAAUUUAUAAAUUCAAAAAGGAUUCAUGACAGUAUAAGGAUCUUUUUAAGUGGUGUCAGACCCUUUGGCUCCAGUUCUUUCUUCCGGGGCGACUGAAAGUUUCAGCGACCAGAAAGAGGACGGAGGCGACGUCAAGAACUGCGCAGAUACAACAUGCGCAUUCACUGAGAGCAUUCACUUUGCAUGACUGGCAGACAAGACACGCUGGAUGUCAAAAUGUGUCUAGAGUCCAAUCUUCAAGGAUCUGGGAUGUUUUUCAAUCUUGAAAGGAGUUUAAAUCACACGUCCUAAAGGGGACACAGACUAGUUAGAAGCUUCCACUAGAGACUCAAUGAAAGCCUGAAAUUGGCCACUUGGGGUGUCCUAAGAAAAACACACACCCAUCCACUUCACGUGAAGUGGCUGCACGCCGGAGCUGAGUUAACGGUGCCAAAGCACGAAUACAUUCAAGGAAGGUAGAAAUCAGCACAUUUUUUUUAAACCCUUGUAGGAUGUUUUGAGGGAACACGCAGUUGCACAAGAGCCAGAAGAGGCGACAGCAAUGACCGAGGCUGUGUCACUGUGACCGUUUGUUUUAUGGAGUGUGUUCAUGUCAGAAACGCUAAAAUGUAGCAACUAAUUGUGUUGCACACGGAACAGACUAUAAAAAGUUUUAAGAACUGACAUUAAGGUUUUUUGAAUUACACAUGGACAAGUUCUGACCUGAAGCUCCAUCAAAGACACAAUGACAAAGAAAACUGGAGGAAUUUCUUUUUGGAAUGUCCAGAAAAUAAUAUUUUUUUGGGAGGAAAAAGAAGCAAAAGCCCACAUUUAAAUAAACGUAUGCAUCCAAUUUGAAAAGAUUAAAAGCGCUCUUUAAGGCUGAAAAUAAACAUAUGAGUUUGUACAAAAGGAACCUGAGAAAUUUGAAGGCAAACGCUGGGAAGAGGACGAGCUUGACACAGAGACACGUCACAACCAUGAUGGAGAAACUGAACUCCACACAACCCUCUGCCUCACCUCAUCCCUCCUCUUCCUCCCCAUCUUCAUCCUCUGCCUCCUCACCAUUCACAGAGCAACACAGUCCGAAGGAUGCUGUCAAAAGUCCACCUGCUCAAAAAAACAGGUGCACGGAUGUCCUCACCACCCCCUCGGCUCAGUCUCCCACCACCCUGACAACAGUGUUAACCAAUCACAAGACAGACACACCUGAGCCUGCCAACAUGGAGAUGGACGAGGAAGAAGAUAUCUGGUCAAAAAGCACAACUGGGGCAGCUGCAUCAGCAAACACGUCACCAACCCUUUCCUCUCCGCCUCCCCUCCUCCCGGCACCAACCAAGACAUCCCCUUGCCUCCUACCAACCCCAACCACCUCUGCAGCCCUGCCUUUGUCCUCAUCAUCCUCAACUCUUCUUCAGCACAUUCCAGUCAUCAGCCUCAGCCACAGCAAGCCUCCUCUCCCUCUACCAAACACUGCGCUGACCGCCCUCCAUCCAAUUCCCAACCUGCUGCAUGGGGACAUUCGCAGCAGCCAGCAGACAUGUUUGCCCAUGCUCAACCCUGCAGCUUCUGGGUUACCUGGAGGCCCCUCCUCUACUUCUCCUGGGCUUCUGCUACCUCAGCAGUACAUCACUGCACCUCCAUUCCUAACAAGCUCUUACCUGGGACCAUCAGGUGGAAGCUAUAGCAUCAUCAACAACAGUCGCAUCAAGAGGAGGCCGUCAUCACAAUAUGAGAUGGAGAUCUCCGAAUGCCCUCCUCAGAAACUGGCUCGCCGCGUCUUCACCAACAGCCGUGAGCGCUGGCGACAGCAGAAUGUGAACGGAGCGUUUUCUGAGCUGAGAAAAUUAAUCCCCACACACCCACCCGACAAGAAGCUCAGCAAAAAUGAAAUCCUGCGUCUGGCUGUGAAGUACAUCGACUUUUUAGUCACCCUGCUCAAUGACCAGGCCCAGGGCAAGAGCGGCAACUCCACGGAGGAAGGGGCAGAGGAUGAGAGCCCUGCUGUUGGCACGGAGAGCAGCAAACAAAAGUCUCUUUUCCAGACCAUAACUUCACCAGAAACAGCCCGUGCUGCUGCUGUGACGAACCAUAGAGACUCCACAGACUCUGUCAUUGCCCUGGCUAAUUCCCCAUCAACCUCCAGUUGCUAUGGCGACACAGACAGUGAGGAAAGCCUCGGGGUCAAGACCUCUAUGGUUACCCACAGCAUUUUGGGAAAGGUCAAAAGUCAAAUAAGGAUGGUGGCAUCCACUAAUGAUGAGCGGUGACACCACUAAGGCAGCAAGACAAAACGAAAAUUGGACUUUGACAGACGACACCAAAUGUGUUUGACGAGCCAAAGAGGCUUCAGUUUUAGUGAAAUCAAGCAGUUGAACAUUUUGUUUCCUGGUUGUAUUUGGUAGUUUUGGUUUUUAUUUUUGUAGUAGUGUACAAAUUUACUGUGUGACACUCUGUGCAGCAAUGCAACACCUGACAAUGGCUUUGGAGCAUUCUGAGCUAUGAAAAUGCAAAGACCAACUGAUUAAACAUUUCAAUCAACUGGA